AUGUCCAAUGAACCUUCAUCUAGAUAUGCUGCUGCAAUAUCAGCCCUUUCCCUCAGUUUACCUGCUGUUAACCCCAACCCAACCCUUACCCUCAGUUCAUCCACUGCCCCCAACCCACUGCUUACCCCUAAACCCUCUCUUAUCCUCAAAUCACCCCUUACCUCCAAAUCCCUUACCCCUAAACCACUAGUUGCCCCUACCCCCAAACCACCCCUUAACAUCAAACUACCCCCUGCUGCCAGCCCAGCCCCUUUAAAUUCAUAUCCCCCUUCACUUGAGAUUUUGGGAUCAGAUGACGAGGAACAGGAGAAUCCAUCUGAUUACUGCAUAGGUGGGUACUUCCCGGUGGAAAUUGGAGAGAUAUUCAUUGAUCGUUACCAGGUGGUGAAGAAGCUGGGAUGGGGCCACUUCUCUACUGUGUGGCUAGGCUGGGACAUGGAGAAGAGGCGUUUCGUGGCUCUGAAGUUGGUAAAGAGUGCUCCAACCUUCACAGAGACCGCUUUGGAUGAGAUCAAGCUUCUGAAAUGUGUAAGGGACAGUGAUCCAUCUGACCCCAAACGUGACACUGUUGUGCAGCUUAUUGAUGACUUCAAAGUCUCUGGAGUCAAUGGGGAGCAUGUAUGCAUGGUUCUUGAAGUGCUGGGUCACCAGCUGCUGAAGUGGAUCAUCAAAUCCAACUACACUGGCCUUCCCCUGCCCUGCGUUAAGAGCAUCCUUAGACAGGUUCUUCAGGGCUUAGAUUACUUGCACACUAAAUGCAAGAUUAUCCACACAGACAUCAAGCCAGAGAACAUCCUUUUGAGAGUGGAUGAGGUUUACGUCCAGGAGCUGGCAGCCGACACCAAGCUAUGGGAGCUGCCAGUGUCUUCUGCUCCCACAAGCUGUUCAGCGAACACCAGUCUAAGAGAAAAGCAGACUGGGAAGGUCUCCAGGAUCCCGAUGGCCAGGUUGUCGAGGAAGGAGAAGAAACAACAACAGCCGCAGAAGGGCGAGGACACUUUAGUUGGCCGUCAGAAGAGGGAGAAACCUCAUGUGUCAUUCUCUAAUAUCACCACUCCCUGUAGCACCCCUAAUUCCACCUCGUCCCCUAAGCCUUCAGGUCCUGUGCAUACUACUUGGAGAUGGACCCUGCUGCAUGAAGAAGCAAUGGGCUCUGACAGCAAGGAGUCGGCCUCGGCACCGAUGGAAAAUGCACCAUCUUUGACUACAAUGUCUCACUGCUCUAGACAAUCUAUAGUGUUACAUCAUUCUACCCAGAGAGACAACCUGCCCUCAUCACCAUCACAUGGGUUAAGUGAAACAGAUCUGUUGGUGAAUCUUCUGAAGCCACAGAAUGCUGAUAAAAUCAGCAUCAAGAUUGCAGAUCUGGGAAACGCCUGCUGGGUGUACAAACAUUUCACAGAAGACAUCCAGACCUGCCAGUACCGCUCUGUUGAGGUCCUGAUUGGGUCUGACUAUGGCACUCCUGCAGACAUCUGGAGCAUAGCCUGCAUGGCGUUUGAGCUGGCUACCGGGGAGUAUCUGUUUGAACCCCAUUCAGGGGACAACUUCUCACGAGAGGAAGAUCACAUUGCUCACAUAAUUGAGUUGCUGGGACCCCUUCCACCCCAGUUUGCCCUCUCAGGGAGAAACUCCAAGCGAUAUUUCAAUCACAAUGGGCAUCUGCGGCGCAUCUCAAGGCUGAAACCGUGGAGUUUGUGUGAGAUCCUGCUGGAUAAGUAUGAGUGGCCGCGGGAACAGGCAGUCCAGUUCAGUGCUUUCCUCCUCACCAUGCUGGAGCCCCUCCCAGAGAAGAGAGCCACCGCUGCCCAGUGUCUGAAACACCCCUGGAUCUCCUCAUAGACAUCAUACCACCGUGCGAUGUCUAAAACCCUCCUGGAUCUCCUCAUAGACAUCAUACCACUGUCUGGUGUCUAAACCCCCCCUGGAUCUCCUCAUAGACAUCAUACCACUGUGCGAUGUCUAAAACCCCCCUGGAUCUCCUCAUAGACAUCAUACCACUGUCUGGUGUCUAAACCCCCCCUGGAUCUCCUCAUAGACAUCAUACCACUGUGCGAUGUCUAAAACCCCCCUGGAUCUCCUCAUAGACAUCAUACCACUGUCUGGUGUCUAAACCCCCCCUGGAUCUCCUCAUAGACAUCAUACCACUGUGCGAUGUCUAAAACCCCCCUGGAUCUCCUCAUAGACAUCAUACCACUGUCUGGUGUCUAAACCCCCCCUGGAUCUCCUCAUAGACAUCAUACCACUGUCUGGUGUCUAAACCCCCCCUGGAUCUCCUCAUAGACAUCAUACCACUGUCUGGUGUCUAA